GCUCAAAACGUAUGCCAACUUUCCAGAAGCACCUCAGGAGGAGGCUUCUCUCAGCAAUAGGCUUAAGACGUAUGCCAACUUUCCAGAAGCACCUCAGGAGGAGGUUUCUCUCAGCAAUAGGCUCAAGACGUAUGCCAACUUUCCAGAAGCACCUCAGGAGGAGGCUUCUCUCAGCAAUAGGCUCAAGACGUAUGCCAACUUUCCAGAAGCACCUCAGGAGGAGGCUUCUCUCAGCAAUAGGCUCAAGACGUAUGCCAACUUUCCAGAAGCACCUCAGGAGGAGGCUUCUCUCAGCAAUAGGCUCAAGACGUAUGCCAACUUUCCAGAAGCACCUCAGGAGGAGGCUUCUCUCAGCAAUAGGCUCAAGACGUAUGCCAACUUUCCAGAAGCACCUCAGGAGGAGGCUUCUCUCAGCAAUAGGCUCAAGACGUAUGCCAACUUUCCAGAAGCACCUCAGGAGGAGGCUUCUCUCAGCAAUAGGCUCAAGACGUAUGCCAACUUUCCAGAAGCACCUCAGGAGGAGGCUUCUCUCAGCAAUAGGCUCAAGACGUAUGCCAACUUUCCAGAAGCACCUCAGGAGGAGGCUUCUCUCAGCAAUAGGCUCAAGACGUAUGCCAACUUUCCAGAAGCACCUCAGGAGGAGGCUUCUCUCAGCAAUAGGCUCAAGACGUAUGCCAACUUUCCAGAAGCACCUCAGGAGGAGGCUUCUCUCAGCAAUAGGCUCAAGACGUAUGCCAACUUUCCAGAAGCACCUCAGGAGGAGGCUUCUCUCAGCAAUAGGCUCAAGACGUAUGCCAACUUUCCAGAAGCACCUCAGGAGGAGGCUUCUCUCAGCAAUAGGCUCAAGACGUAUGCCAACUUUCCAGAAGCACCUCAGGAGGAGGCUUCUCUCAGCAAUAGGCUCAAGACGUAUGCCAACUUUCCAGAAGCACCUCAGGAGGAGGCUUCUCUCAGCAAUAGGCUCAAGACGUAUGCCAACUUUCCAGAAGCAUCUCAGGAGGAGGCUUCUCUCAGCAAUAGGCUCAAGACGUAUGCCAACUUUCCAGAAGCACCUCAGGAGGAGGCUUCUCUCAGCAAUAGGCUCAAGACGUAUGCCAACUUUCCAGAAGCACCUCAGGAGGAGGCUUCUCUCAGCAAUAGGCUCAAGACGUAUGCCAACUUUCCAGAAGCACCUCAGGAGGAGGCUUCUCUCAGCAAUAGGCUCAAGACGUAUGCCAACUUUCCAGAAGCACCUCAGGAGGAGGCUUCUCUCAGCAAUAGGCUCAAGACGUAUGCCAACUUUCCAGAAGCACCUCAGGAGGAGGCUUCUCUCAGCAAUAGGCUCAAGACGUAUGCCAACUUUCCAGAAGCACCUCAGGAGGAGGCUUCUCUCAGCAAUAGGCUCAAGACGUAUGCCAACUUUCCAGAAGCACCUCAGGAGGAGGCUUCUCUCAGCAAUAGGCUCAAGACGUAUGCCAACUUUCCAGAAGCAUCUCAGGAGGAGGCUUCUCUCAGCAAUAGGCUCAAGACGUAUGCCAACUUUCCAGAAGCACCUCAGGAGGAGGCUUCUCUCAGCAAUAGGCUCAAGACGUAUGCCAACUUUCCAGAAGCACCUCAGGAGGAGGCUUCUCUCAGCAAUAGGCUCAAGACGUAUGCCAACUUUCCAGAAGCACCUCAGGAGGAGGCUUCUCUCAGCAAUAGGCUCAAGACGUAUGCCAACUUUCCAGAAGCACCUCAGGAGGAGGCUUCUCUCAGCAAUAGGCUCAAGACGUAUGCCAACUUUCCAGAAGCACCUCAGGAGGAGGCUUCUCUCAGCAAUAGGCUCAAGACGUAUGCCAACUUUCCAGAAGCACCUCAGGAGGAGGCUUCUCUCAGCAAUAGGCUCAAGACGUAUGCCAACUUUCCAGAAGCACCUCAGGAGGAGGCUUCUCUCAGCAAUAGGCUCAAGACGUAUGCCAACUUUCCAGAAGCACCUCAGGAGGAGGCUUCUCUCAGCAAUAGGCUCAAGACGUAUGCCAACUUUCCAGAAGCACCUCAGGAGGAGGCUUCUCUCAGCAAUAGGCUCAAGACGUAUGCCAACUUUCCCGAAGCACCUCAGGAGGAGGCUUCUCUCAGCAAUAGGCUCAAGACGUAUGCCAACUUUCCCGAAGCACCUCAGGAGGAGGCUUCUCUCAGCAAUAGGCUCAAGACGUAUUCCAACUUUCCAGAAGCACCUCAGGAGGAGGCUUCUCUCAGCAAUAGGCUCAAGACGUAUGCCAACUUUCCCGAAGCACCUCAGGAGGAGGCUUCUCUCAGCAAUAGGCUCAAGACGUAUGCCAACUUUCCAGAAGCACCUCAGGAGGAGGCUUCUCUCAGCAAUAGGCUCAAGACGUAUGCCAACUUUCCAGAAGCACCUCAGGAGGAGGCUUCUCUCAGCAAUAGGCUCAAGACGUAUGCCAACUUUCCCGAAGCACCUCAGGAGGAGGCUUCUCUCAGCAAUAGGAAUCCCAAAAUCCCUGUGGCUACUGGAAAGGGUCCUUGGGUGCCCUGGCUCACCUCGAGAAGCGUCCCUUUUGCCCUGCCAAGCCUCGAAGAGAUUGCUGAGGUGUCCCUCAUUACUAGACAGGAGUCCUGA